ACGGAAAGUGUACUCGUAGCACGAAACAGUGAAGCGUGCAUCUAAAUAUCGUGAAGUUAUUUAUUAAAUUAAUAUUAAUUAAUAGUGUAUUACAGUUUAAAAAUGAAAUGUCCCUGUGUGUUGCCAGGAUGUUGUUAUAUUAACAUAGUUUUGUCGUCUGGUCAAUAUAAGCUACCGUUUAGAAUAUUGACUAUUCCUCAGAGACGAAUAUAUGAUAUGUAUGAUAAUAUAAUGGAAAUCCCGGACGAUGUUGAGGACUUGCCCAGAGCGGAGCCCAUCAUGCCGGGACAUACAUUACUGAGACCAGCUCUAGGAAUGCUCAAGUCUUCAGUAAUGUUUCCACAAAAAGAUUACAGUAAUUUUGUUUAUGGUAAUAUAGACAAGCUGGGAAUAACUUACGGAAAUACUUAUGACCGCGUUCUUUACACUGAUGUGAGAAAAACUAACCAGCUAUUGGACGUUGUUAAAUCUUUAUACACAAAUGAUAAUACGUACAGUGAUCGUAGAAAUUCUCAACCGUACACAAUACUGCAAAUCCCCAUAAAACCUAAAAAAAAUCUACGAAAAAGAAAUUUCGGAAGAACUGAGAUUUCAAGAAAUAAUCCAAAGAUAGGAGUUUUACUGGUUCAAGCAGAUUCUUCUGAAUAUCCCGAUGAUAGAUUAAAAAUACGACGCUCCCAUCCACGUCGCUCCUCUAAAUCUAAAUCGCACUAUCGUCUCCGAGACAAAUUUUACGAAAAGAGCUCAUCGGACAGUUCGGCUGUUGAGGAAUCAGAGAGUCACGAGAGGAACGCUGGCAAUCCUUACACCGUACACAAGAAUCAUUACAAACAAAACUGGAUGUGGAAUCAUAUUAUGACAGGAGAUCAUAUGAACGUUAAUCCAUACGCGCCACUGAUCAAUAAUUACGGCCCAUCAGGAGCCGCACUUAUAUUUGGUAGGAAAUGGUGGUACUUUAAUCAGCGCAGAAUAUUUUUCAGCUACGACCGUGGAGAAGUAACCAAUAUAGCGGGUGUACCACAUUCACCAAAACAUCUUCCUCUAGCAGAAUCUAUAUUACCAGGUCACACGCUCAUCAGACCAGCUUUAGGAAUGCUAAAGUCUUCAUUAAAAUUUCCACAUAUGGACUUUGAAGAUGGUUCAGGAGUUUAUGGGAAUACUGAUAAUAUUGGACUUCGGUACAAUGGUGCGAAUGAAAGAGUUAUGUAUUCAGAUUUCCGUAGGCGUGCUUCUGACUAUCUUAUGGUUGUCCCACAGAAAAAUAUAGAAAAUCAAUCAAAGCCAAGGUAA